UGCGCCUUUGCCUUUUUUCUUGUUCAUUUAUUGUGUGUUUUUAUUUGCGUUGCGCGCGGCUACCAGGCUUUGCAUUUACAUUCUGGAAGUGAGAGGGAGAUGAGAUGAAAAAGGGGAGGGAAUCUUAGCUCGGUGGGAGUGUUUUUGUGGACGGGUGGUAUACAACGCUGAAGAAGAAGCCAAAUUUAGCAGGAUUUGUGGCUACAGCUGGCGGAAAGCUAUUUUGUUUUUUAUCCUGCUAGUUGCGCGAUUUCCGUGUUUGCGGUGGAUUUGUCGACGAUCACCAUUUCUUGCAGCGCAAGGAAUCAUUUUUUUCAUUUUUACUUACUUCCUUCCUCCUUUCCUUCCUCCCUUCCUUCCUUACUUCCUUCCUUCCCUGGCUUUAAACAAGUCUGCGUUUAAAAGCACGGCUUGUUUUCUGAAGAUUUUCGCUCUUUCAUGACUGCGACAGCUGGGGAAAGCGUAGCAGGCCAAGAAAUCGUUCAAAGUCGGAAGAGGAUGAGUUGCAAUGGAUGUCGAGUGCUGCGGAAAGGAUGCAGCGAUACUUGUAUUCUUCGGCCUUGUUUGCAGUGGAUAGAAUCGGCCGAGGCGCAGGGUCAUGCCACGGUGUUUGUGGCCAAGUUCUUUGGACGUGCGGGGCUCAUGUCGUUUAUCAGCGCUGUUCCUGAAAAUCAGAGGCCUGCCCUUUUCCAGUCGCUUCUGUACGAGGCAUGCGGAAGAACGGUGAACCCUGUCCAUGGCGCGGUGGGAUUAUUAUGGAGUGGGAACUGGCAAAUUUGUCAGGCGGCAGUAGAUACUGUUCUCAAGGGAGGAACUCUGCGUCCUCCUCAGUCCUCUGGAGUAAUCGCAACGUGCUCCACCCGGCCGUCAUCAUUGAACAACAAUUUUCAGCGAAACAACAGACAGCAAUUAAUGAGGCCAGUUGAGGAAGAUUAUAAGUCUGUCCCAGAUCUCUCAGUCAACCGAGGAAAUUCUCACUCAAACUACUGCAUUCCACAACAGCCGCAGCCAUGGACGACUUUCAAGAUCAAAGCCGAGCCCUUCGAGCCGACAAAUGAACUGUCCCUGGCGAAAAUCCAUCAACCUCCGCAGCCAGAAAUGGCAGCGCGCAGGGUUCGACCGCGGGUUGACGUCAACGAAACAAGCUCAAAUUUCUCAAAUUUCACAAAUUUCUCGGCCUCGGAAAUCAAAUUCCUCGGAGAAUUUCACCCCGAAGUGUUCGAAAUCAAGGCAAAUCUGGACCUGACGUUGAAUUGCGACCAUUCCUUCAAAACCAGGGUUUCGAGCCCCUCCAUUGUUUCCGUCAACUCUGAAGGAUCGGUCACAAGCCUUGAGAGCGGCAGUCUAAACCCUAAAAUCUCCUCUGUCGCAACAGAGCACAAGGUCCUGGAUCUUUUCCCUUGAAAUUUGGCCUUGAAAAAUUACAACAAUCCAGAUGCCGUCUCUAAGGGGAAAAAGAAAAAAAAAUCCACGGAUUUUGAAUGGAGGGAUACGUACAUUGUACGUAUUCCAUUAUUCAUUCGUAGUUCAGGUUUUCUUGACUAUCGUCGAGCUCUGCGGUCUUGGGAUGGGUGGGGAGAAAGAAAAGUUCAUUUAAAUUUUGUCUUCUUUUUCUGUUUCAGGCAUGCCCUGCGGAAAGAAUAUUUACUAGAGAAUAUGUAUAUCAAUCGGUUUCUAAUCCAAUACUGCGGAAACUGUUGUUGCAUGAAGCAGACUUGGAAUAAAUUGUAUUUACAGUUUAGUGCAGCAUAUAAGUUACAAGUUGAUAUAAACUUUUGUCUCCUGUUUUUUUCUUGAA